AGGCUUUUUUCCUGUUUGAAGUAUAUAAUCAUGUUUGACUUUAUAGAAUAUCUCAUUCCUUCCAUUGAUAAUCUAAUUCAUGCUUUAAAAUGAAGGUGGGCCUCCUGGGUGCUAGAUUUUUGAAUAAAUCCAUUAUAUGGCACAAUUUAUGGAAAAGGAUGGAAAAGGGGGGCAAAAAUAAGAGUUUAUUCAGCCCUUUGUGAUAAGAGAUAUAUUUUUCCACCUUCUUGGUAUCCUUUUUCUGAGAUUGCUGAGUAUUGGAGAAGUUCCAAACCAUCUAAACAUAGCUGUAGAGCCAUCUAUUGGAUUGGCUGUGCUUUUCUGGCACAUCCCACACCCCACAACUUCACAUAAGGGUAACAAUGGUAAGGGGGUAACCCUACUUGGGAAUUAUACAAGAGAAUUUAAGUCAAGUUGUUGGGGGGGAUAGAAGCUCUUCAUUUUUUCUCAAUACCCUGUAUGUUCCUCCCCUCUCUCCUUACCAUGCAAUUGUCCUCUUAGUUCAUUCCUUAUAACUCGUCAUUGUUAGUUCAGGUAUGCCCAUGAGCUCUAGCUCAAAUGGCACUUCCUUCCCUCAUAAGAAUUGGUUGGAGAGUGACGUUUUGGGUUCAAGACGUAUGUAGCAAUAAAAAAUAUUAUGAUUGUCGGUUCAAGUAUUGGAUGAUAUAAAAAAUCAUGUGCAUUUAUUAAGGAAGAUGGCCCAUAUAUAACAAGAACUUUGUUUUUCUUCAUCCUAAUUCUGCAAGUUGCUUGCUAGAAAUUUAUUCAGGUGGAGGCCUGGAGGACCAAAAUAUUGGCUUUCAAUUUGAUAUGUUGUAAAGGUUGGCAAUGAAGCAAUGACAUCUGGCAUACAAUUUUAGAAUUGUGGUUAGAGUGGGAUAAUUUAUAACCUACUUGGAAAUAAAUGUAAAAAAAAAACAAAACCUAUUUAAUUAGAUUAUGAAUAAGCUAAUAGAACGAUGGAGGCAUGAAAAGAUCCUGUCGGUAAUGCUGACAAGUAACUGCAUUUAGUGCUAAAUCUGAGUUCUCAGAUCUCAUUCUUAAAAAGGUGAUAAUGAAUGCCACUUGGGAGUGUGGAAUAAUCAGCUUAGUUGAUGAUUCUACACGAUAUUUGCCAAGUCUUUCUGUCCAAUAUAGGGGUAUUCAAGAGACCAUCCAAUGGUGCUUUUGUUAGUCAAGUUAUUGCUACUGGUAAUACUUGUUGCUUGAUCUAUGUUUGCGGAGAUGUUAAAACUUAUAGCUGGAAGAAGUAAUGAACAAGUCCUUUUAACAAGGUGUGAUUUGUUUGAGUGACAAAAGGAUUCUUGACAAUCUUUCCCACUUGUGGGGUAGAAGGGUGGGUGAGAGGGGUGGUGGAGGGGACUGAUUAUGUUUGUUCUUCUUUGCCUUGCUGGUUUUGGUUGUGUGGGUCCAUUAUACGUCACUUCUCUCUUGAAGGAUAAACUUCUGGGCUUGGAGUCUCAUGUGUUUGAAUGCUGUUUAGGGUGACUAAACUUCUGUUUGGUGUCAUGGAAUAAAGCAUGUCAAAUUUUGAAGGUGAACGGAAUUUGGAGAAUGUCUACUUUCUCUAUUCUAGGAUUGUGCCCCAUUUUGGCACUUAAAAAUUUGUCAGAUAUUGGAGAAAUAGAAUGGCAGUAACUUUUUAGUUAUCAGUUACCAUUGAUGGAUCUAAACUUUGAGCUGUACUUAAGGUUGCGAAAUUGCCUGCUUUGUCUUAUCCAUCUUGGUCUCUUCUUCCUUAAUAAGGGAGCAUUUUCCUAUUAUUUUUGAGAAGCAUAACUGUGUUGGAAAUUCUUUGGUACAGGAUCUGAAAUCAUAAAGGGAACUUAUUUUCACAUUCCCAGGGCUUGGUAGGCACUGCGAUUCUUAUAAGAGAAGCUAUUUUCUUUUGAUGUGGGGUAAAGGUGGCAACAUAAUGUUGUUGUGCCAAUAUUCUUGCAAAACCUAAUUGGAUGUUCUUAAGGAGAAUUUUGUGGUUAAUCUUUGUAGUAGGAUUUGUGUCUACAUUUGAAUCACUUCAAUAUAUUCUCUAGUGGAUUCAUAGAUAGGCUGAUUUUGAGACCUACUUUUCCAUAGAGAGUAGCAUCAGCUUAUACUGGUUCUGAAGAAAUGUAGCAUCUUCUCAUAAGUAUCCAAUUGGUUUGGUCUGUUUUUUAAUUUUUACAAGUUAUUCGUAUAGCAAUCCUUAGGGGUGGGCAAAAUAUCUGAUUGCUGCCUACCGACUUUCGGUUGUCGAUAGUUAGAAUAAAAAAAUUGUUUCAAUGUCGGUUCAGUUUGGUAGGCGGUAGAAUUUUUAUUUUGUUGGUUAACUGAACCGAACCAAGCCAAACCAAACCAAGUCGACUAUUCGAACCCAACUUAACUGACUUUGGCCCUCAAUAGUUUUUUGCAUCACAUGUUUAGCCCAAAAAAUGUCCAAUAAACACUUGUUUUGCCCCCAAAACAACCAUUUGGGCCAAAAAAAAUCCAUUUUGGUCCAUAAAAAUAGGCUUGGCCUAAUAUGAAAAGCUCAUCACCGACUGAGUUAACCGACUUAACCGAAAUAUGCCUACUGUCACCAAUUUAACCAAUACCCAUCCCUAGCAAUCCUCCUCAGAGGUGAGUUUUGCCAUGGUGAGCUCUGAUGAUGAAAAGGAUGGAGUCCUUGCAAAUUACAUCCCAAAAGAGCUGACCCAUGGUUUGGGAUCUAAUGAUGCAAAAUUUGUAGAUGAAGUACUUAAUGGUCAAAAUGAAGGUUGUUGUGAAAAUUUUCGCAUGGAUAAGCAUGUCUUUUACAAGUUAUGUUAUAUUUUACAAGCCAAAGGCCUGCUACGGCACACAAAUCGAAUCAAGAUUGAGGAGCAAUUAGCCAUUUUCAUGUUCAUAAUUGGUCAUAAUCUACGGACUCGAGCUGUCCAAGAGUUAUUUCGAUAUUCAGGAGAAACCAUCAGUCGCCAUUUCAAUAAUGUCUUGAAUGCAAUUAUGGCCAUUUCAUUAGACUUCUUUCAGUCUCCAGGGUCCAAUGUUCCACCUGAGAUCCUGGAAGAUCCAAGAUUCUAUCCAUACUUUCAGGAUUGUGUGGGAGCGGUUGAUGGCAUCCAUAUUCCGGUGAUGGUAGGUGUAGAUGAACAAGGUCCUUUCCGCAACAAGAAUGGCAUGCUUUCGCAAAAUGUUGUGGCAGCUUGCUCACUUGAUCUCAGGUUCCAUUAUGUUCUGGCCGGCUGGGAAGGCUCAGCAUCAGAUUUGCAAGUCCUAAAUUCUGCACUCACAAGGCGAAACAAACUGCAGGUCCCUGAAGGUAAAUACUACCUUGUAGACAACAAGUAUGCAAAUAUGGCAGGUUUCAUUGCCCCGUAUAAUGGUGUUCCCUAUUACUUGAAGGAGUUUCCUAGUGGCUAUCAUCCCCAAGAUGCCAGAGAGCUAUUUAAUCAACGUCACUCAUUGUUACGAAAUGCCACCGAUCGUAUAUUUGGUGCUUUGAAGUUCCGAUUCCCUAUAUUGAUGUCCGCUCCUCCAUACCCGUUACAAACACAGGUGAAGUUGGUCGUGGCAGCGUGUGCGAUACACAAUUACAUUCGUAGGGAGAAACCAGAUGAUUGGAUUUUUAGAAUGUAUGAGCAUGACAGUACUGAACUGCAGAUCGAGGAGUCAUUGCCGCCUUUAGAGGUGCAGCAGCCCAUGAUGCAUAUCGACACCCAAACGCUGGACAUUGGUUUGGAAACAGAACAAGAAGAAAUUUCUUCGCAACUUCGGGACUCUAUUGCAACUGAGAUGUGGAAUGACUAUAUCCGUGACUUCUCAACCAUGUAAAUUAACCGAUCUUAUUACAGUUUCCAGGCUAGGAUUAAAAUUUUUUCCGCAUCAAGAACCAGAAGAAAGAUUUUCCAUUGUGAUUUGAUGCUGUACAUUGGCCCUUCUGUUCAUACAAAAGGAAAUAUAUUGCUGCUAGUUCAUACUU